CAGUGAGGAUCGAUCCUCAAUUCUAGCAGCAAGUAGUGUAGUGCAAGUUAGAGAUGCGAGCUUUUGUGGUAUUAACCUGCUGCCUUGCGGCAGUAUCCGCUCAGUUUUUCUCCCCGGGAGAUGACACAGUUCAACUGGUCCCCCUAUCCUUUUCCCAGGGUGUAACCGGUGGCGGCGCAGGAGGAUCAUCCGGAUUUGGAUCGGGUGGAGCUGGUAGCUUUUCAGAAUCAUCCAGUCGCUCCGCAGGAUUCAGUGGUCGCAGCGAUGGUGGAAGUGUAGGUUUCGGUGGAGGUUCUAGUUUCGGUGGAGGAGCUGGAUUCAGCGGACGUAGUGCUGGCGGAGGUUCCGGGUUCGGUGGCAGCUCAGGAUCUAGUGCUAGCAGCUCCGGAUUUGGAGGAGGCUCCGGUUUCGGAGGAGGCUCUCGAUUCGGAGGAGGUGCCAGCAGCUCAUCGUCAGCUGCUGCUCAAGUCCGUUAUUUAGUGAAACCUGAGCUCGUCAAAAAACACUUCUACUACCACGUCGCUCCGGAGGCUGAAGCCGCUGCGGACGCUGAAGCCCGAGUCGUGAUUCAACCCCAAACGCACUACAAGGUGCUGUUCAUCAAGGCACCAAGCGCUCAAGCCGAGGCUGCUGCUCGUGCCGCUGCCCGUACUCGUACCCAGGAGAAGACCAUUGUCUAUGUGCUCGUUAAAAAUCCGGAAGCGGCUGCUGGAUCUCAGGCCGAUGCUGCUGUCGAUACCUAUGCCAGUGCCAAGCCGGAGGUCUACUUCAUCAAGUACAAGGGCAAGGGUGCUGGCGGUCAUGGUGGUGCUGGAGUUGGUGGAGGAAGUGCUGGCGGAUUCGGCGGAGGAAGCUCCGGUGGAUUCGGCGGAGGAAGUGUUGGCAAUGUUGCUAGGUUCGGAGGAGCUGGUGGCAGCAGUGGUGGUGCUAGCAGUUUUGGUAGUGCAGGAAGUUCUGGAUUCAGCGGUGGUUCAGGCUCAAGCGGUGCUAGGUUUGGUGGCAGCAGUGGUAAUUUUGGUAGUAGCAACUUCGGUGGUUCGAGCGGUUCUGGAUUCGGCGGUGGCUCCGGAUCGUCAAGUGGAUCAAGUUCGUUUAGCCGUGGUGGUGGUGGCGUAACCAGUUUCGGUACCUCCCCAACUUUUAUUUCGAACAGCAACAGUGCGGCAUCUUCAUUUUCUAGUGCCAGUGAUUUCUAGGACGUGUUGAAGAUGCACCAGAAUAAUCAACUGCCGAAUUCGUUUUCCGGAUGGAUCGUCGUA